AUGAGCAAAAACGAGGUGUCUCUCUCUGCCUUUAGUCUGAAUUUUAUAUCAGGGGGCAUUGCAGGCACCCUUGGAACAAUAGUUGGCCAUCCUUUAGAUACUAUAAAAACAAAGAUUCAGCUUUCAGAUGGAAAAUACGGCCCAAUACAGACCUUUAAAAAUAUAGCUCAUCUUGAGGCAAACGGAAGCUACCUGAGAGGAUUUGGCAUGCUCUUCAGAGGAGUUGUUUCUCCUAUAAUAGGAUUUGCACCCGUAAUUUCCCUCUUAUUCUCUGUUAAUACAGUCUGUACAAAUAUUAUGAAAGAAUGGAAUAUCUCAAAAUAUUGAAAAACCUUUCUCUGUGGAUCUAUAGCAGGAGCCUCAUGAUCUAUCUUCCUCACUCCUACCGAGCUGCUUAAGAUUAGGAAGCAAGCUAUGAAAGAAAAUACAGUGACAUAUCCUCAGAUUAUAUCUCAACAGCUGAAAACUGGAGGAAUACUGGGUCUUUAUCAAGGAUUUGGAAUAACGCUAUUGAAGUGUAGUAUUCCAAAUGGAAUGUUUUUCCUGACAAAUUUAAAAGUAAGAGAAAUCCUUCAAGCAGACUCUCCUUCAAACCAUCCUUUUGUCUCCUUAUGUAAGAAAAUUAUUGCAGCAGGGAUGGCAGGACAAGCAUAUUGGCUGUCAGCAUACCCUUUUGAUGUAAUUAAGAGUAAUAUUCAGAACACCCUGUCCAAACACAAAGCUCUACCUUUUGCUAAAUCUCUAUACAAAAAGCAUGGAGCUGCUUAUUUUUAUAAAGGAAUCAGUGCUAUGUUGCUCAGAACCAUCCCAUUUUCAGCAGUAAAUCUUCUCGUAUAUGAAUAUAUUUCACAAAAACUCAAGAAUUCUUUCUAA